GAAGCGCAGCUGUUUGAAACACGGGUUUACAGUUCGCUGCAGAGGAAGGACAAUUUAACUUUCAAUUUCGAUUUAAUUCAGGGAAACAUGGAGUCGGUCUGAUGAGUGAUUGUUGAGUUGAUUCGGCACGUCGAGCAGUUUAGAAUCUUUAGAGGAAACAUCCGAGAACAAGAGCGUGUAUAGUCUAAAACGCUGCUCGGUUGAAGUUUCCGUGUCAGUCCGCUGUCCCCUACCCUUUCAGACUAAACCAUUGUUGUUGUCGUUACCGGAGUCUCACAGUGAAUCAGCAUGGAGGCAGAAACAGGGCCCGAAUGGUUGUCCGAGGAGGUGAAAACCGGAACCACAAUCAUUGCCAUAGAGUUCAAAGGAGGGGUCGUGCUGGGGUCUGAUUCCCGAGUGUCUGCAGGGGAAUCAGUGGUGAACAGGGUGAUGAACAAGUUGUCUCCUCUCCAUGACAAGAUCUACUGUGCUCUGUCAGGCUCUGCAGCGGACGCCCAGACCAUCGCUGAGAUGGUCAACUACCAGCUGGAUGUUCACAGUAUUGAAAUAGAUAAGGACCCAAAGGUUUGCUCGGCUGCCACCCUGGUGAGGAACAUCUCAUACAAGUACAAGGAGGAGCUGUCAGCACAUCUCAUUGUGGCCGGCUGGGACAGAGGAGAUGGAGGACAGGUGUUUGCGACUCUGAAUGGACUCCUGACCAGGCAGCCUUUUGCAGUCGGUGGCUCUGGCAGCUCUUAUGUUUAUGGAUUUGUUGAUGCUGAGUAUCGCAAGGACAUGGCCAAGGAAGAGUGCCAGCAGUUUGUUAUCAACACGCUGGCUUUGGCAAUGAACCGCGAUGGCUCCAGUGGCGGCGUGGCCUAUAUUGUCUCUAUUGAUGAACAUGGUGCAGAGGAGAAGGUCGUUCUGGGAAAUGACUUACCCACCUUCUUUGAUCAGUGAACAAUAUAUACAUUUUUGCUCAGCUGCUAACUAACUUAUCUUGAAAAGGAUAUUGGACAAGACUACUUUUUACUUAUACAUUUAAUCUUAACGUUUCUUCAAGUGAAAUGUCAUUAUUUAUGUUAUCUUAAAGCUGAUGGUUCCCUUGCAUCAUAUAAACCUGAUUUGGUUUAUUAUCUCACCAGAGUGCUGUUAGCUAUGUCCCUUUACCAAGUUUUGGACAGCUUCAGGAUAAGACACAUAAAUUGUCACUAUGUCUAUCCUCAAAUUAUCUUUUUCUCUAGCCCCUGGGUCUUCAGAUGCCAAUUACGUAUUUUAAACUUGUUGCAAGACUCAUUAUUCAUUCCAUGAAUCUGAAACGUGACAACAUGACUACCAAUGUGUGUGUACUGGUGGCAGAGAAAAAGUAAAUAGGACAAAACCUGCAAAACCCAUACAAUUAUUUUAGUCUCUUUAUAAAUAGUCCCACAAAAACACAUGCUAUAAUUAGCAGCAACAGCAAGUCUUACAAAGACAUCCCAAAAAGUAUAAAAAAACAUUUGUUUGAGUACUACAAAAGUGUGUCACCCUCCACGGUUAGCCACUGCUCAGUCAUCACAGUAAUAAAACCAGAUUAAGAUGCCUGGUUGAUGUUUGGUUAAACAUACAUACAUGUAGGAGUAAUGCAUAGUGUCCAUGCAUUAUUUUAUGUAAAUGAUGUAACACUUAAAAUUGAAUAAAAGCCUUUUAUUGAAAAA